AAAUCCCGCCCCUCCUGGAGGAAGGAGCGGGAGUGAGAGAGCCAAUCCGGAUGGAGAUAACUCUCCGGCUGGGGCGACAGAGAACUCCGCGCGGGGACUCCAACCGGAAGCAGGGUGUGGGCGGAGUUUCAUGCCGGAAGUGAUCGGCAUGCCGUUUCGAUUGGCAUCCUAGCUAGUAGGGGUUGCUCCGGCAAACAGAUGUAGGGCACCGAAUGAAGGUUGGAGGUUGGAAGACACUGUAGAGCUGGAGCUGAGCGGCUGUCGCGCGGUAAGAUCAUGAGCAUGAGCAAGCAUUGGGGAGAAUGGUUCCUGAAUCUGCGGGUGCUCCCCGCCGGGGUGUUUGGUGUGGCCUUCCUUGCCCGAGUUGCGCUGGUUUUCUACGGGGUCUUCCAGGACCGGACCCUGCACGUGAGGUUUACAGACAUAGACUACCAGGUCUUCACGGACGCCGCGGGCUUCAUCACGAAAGGGCGCUCCCCGUAUCUGCGGGCCACGUACCGCUACACCCCUUUGCUGGGUUGGCUCCUCACCCCCAACAUCUACCUCAGCGAACUCUUCGGAAAGUUUGUCUUCAUCAGCUGCGACCUUCUGACCGCUUUCCUCUUAUACCGCCUGCUGCUUCUUAAGGGGCUAGGACGCCGCCAAGCGUGUGGCUACUGUGUCUUUUGGCUUCUUAACCCCUUACCUAUGGCAGUAUCCAGCCGAGGCAAUGCAGACUCGAUCGUCGCCUCCCUCGUGCUUAUGACCUUGUACUUAAUAGAGAAAAGAUUCGUCGCGUGUGCCGCUGUGUUUUAUGGUUUCGCGGUGCAUAUGAAGAUGUACCCAGUGACCUAUAUCCUUCCCAUCGUCCUCCACUUGCUUCCAGAACGCGACAACGAAGAAGGCGUCCGUCAGUCUCGGUAUUCUUUGCAGGGUCGUUUGUACGAAUUCCUGAAAAGGUUGUGCAGUUGGGCUGUGCUGCUCUUUGUAGCAGUUGCUGGACUCACAUUUUUUGCCCUCAGCUUAGGUUUUUACUAUAAAUAUGGUUGGGAAUUUUUGGAGCACACCUACAUUUAUCAUCUCACUAGGCGGGACAUCCGUCACAAUUUUUCUCCAUACUUCUACAUGCUGUAUUUGACUGCAGAGAGCAAGUGGAGUUUUUCUCUAGGAAUUGCUGCAUUCCUGCCACAGUUCGUCUUGCUUUCAGCCGUGUCUUUCGCCUAUUACAGAGACCUCAUCUUUUGUUGUUUUCUUCAUACGGCCAUUUUUGUGACUUUUAACAAAGUCUGCACCUCCCAAUACUUUCUUUGGUAUCUCUGCCUUCUGCCUCUUGUGAUGCCACUGGUGAGGAUGCCUUGGAAAAGAGCCGUAGCUCUGCUAAUGUUAUGGUUUAUGGGGCAGGCGUUAUGGCUUGCUCCUGCAUAUCUUCUUGAGUUUCAGGGAAAGAACACCUUUCUGUUUAUUUGGUUAGCUGGUUUGUUCUUCCUUCUUAUCAACUGUUCCAUCUUGAUUCAAAUUAUUUCCCAUUACAAGGAGGAACCCCUGGCAGAGAGAAUCAAAUAUGACUAAUACAUGCUCCAGAUCUUCUGCCGGUUCUGUCUGUUAGGUUCUGAUUGUUCCGUGUGGACCAGAAGAGAGCUUUGGAAAUCUUUUUGAACAACACUCUAGUGAAAGUUCAGAUUGAAGCAUAAAACCCCGUUCCAACAGAAAUUAAAAUGCGUGUUUGCCUUAUGUAGAGAGGGAACCCAAUAAUUGAGGUCCACCCUCUAGGAAAUCUUAGGAUCCAUUUAUCUGGAACAUGAUGGAAAGUAAAGGUUACUUGUCUGAAAAUGAAAAGGCCGUUAAAUGGCUCUUGUAGAAAAAUAGAUGAAUAUAGUUAGAGACACAAAAUCUAAGCCAGUAUUUGUUCAAGUUACACUGGCCUAUUGGCUUAAGCUAUGUCUUAUCUUUCAACCCCCACUUUUUCUUUCUAGAGCUUUCCUGACAGCUGUGAAAACUCACAGAAUGUCCUAAGGUAUCUUUUUAGAUAUAAAGUGUUAAAUAAUACUACUCUGCUUAGGCUGGGAAAGUUGUUUAAUUCUGUAUUAAAAGUAGGGGCUUAGGAGAUAAAGAACGCAAAGACUUUAAAUUGUAAUUAUGUUUUAUAACUCAGUUUUUCAGCGCUUAAUCCCCAUAUUAGACUGCCAUGUAGUUUUAUACAAAAAGGAUUAAAUUUAAAUUCGUUCAUCUUUAAGCCUGAGUUAUUAAAUUUUUUAAAAUAUCAUCUUACUUUUAAUGUUUGAGUACCUUCAUAAACCCAACACCAAACUGUUAGGACACUUUACUACACUUUUCCCCCUUUGCUUUUAAGUUUCUGAUAGCUAAAAAUUCUUCAUCUAGAAUUUAAGUUAGUGAAGUGUUGUAAAAAUGAAUAUUAGUAGAUUUUAGGUGAUAAAAAAUUAAAUUGUUAGUCAGGCAUUUUCUUAGCUUAAAAACACUCCAUUUAUGAAAAUUCCAUGAUAGAAAUGGAGAACUGCUCAGGGGCUCCUGGAAAACAUAAGAAAGAAGUGGCCUAAAGAGCCAGUGGUGGUUUAGACUGGCUAACCGGGAGAGAGAGUGUGGAAAGGAAGCUCUGGUGUGCAGAUCUGGGGUUCCCUAAUCACUAUGUUUCUGAGGAAAAAAAUGCUUUCUGAAUUUCAAACAAGCAAUCUAUAAAAAAAAAUUUUUUUUUAAACAUAGCCCAUCUAUGUUGGGGACCCCUUAAAACUCUAUAGUGCUGUAGCAAUAUAUGAGUAUGAUUUUGUGAUUGUGGUUUAGGAAGAUGAGUAAAUUUAACAACAUUUUUCUUUCACAGUUUAAAAAAAAAAAAA